AUGCUUGAUGCCACAAGCGGAGACGCGUUUGUACGUACGAACUCUAUAUUAAUAUUUGGGUUCCAAGGGCUAAGAACAGUGCACGGCAUUUUAUGCCGCGAUUUACCCGAGAAAGAACUCACUGAGGUUGAAAAUACUUUUAAAAGCGAUGCACUGAUAUACACUGGGCAUGUAGGGGUAUCAUUCGAUGACGGUAAGAAAAUUUACGGCUUCAAUCCCAGAUCACCGUCCGAAGAGCUCAAUUUGUAUGAACACAUGCUUCCGAUGUUGAAAACUCAUCUGUCGUUCCCGGGCGUGCUGACGGACGAUAAAAAGACUUUCACACUCGCACAAGAGGGUCACGUGCGCCAUGGGUGGAAUACAAGGGUGCAUGUGAUCACAGUGGACGUUCCGACUCCAAAAUUCAACCAGUUAAAAAGGGACUGUAAAGCCAUGUACUCAGGCGUGCAAACAGUUCAUCCGGCCGGAUGCCCUACAGAAACUCUGAAAUAUAGCUUCCCGUUCAGAAAGCAGAGUAAAGAUGGAUCGUUCUUCCAAGACAAGUGUACAGCAAAUUGUGCCACCUUUCCCGUGGAUAUUCUAGGCAUUCCCAUAGCGAGAUGGAGAACAACCAUGGUGCAGUUUCUACGCGACUUGCACAACGAUAAAGUCUGUUCUCACGUGUGCGAUAGGGCUAGUGUAAUUUUAUUGGGUACAGAAGACACGAUCACACCACGUCGUCACAGUAUUAUGAUUUUGGCGGGAUGUAGAGAACGUAUCGCUUCCUUGACUGCCCACUCCCUUGUGGAGGCUACUGAGAUCGAGGAUGAAGUUCGGAAGUCAUAUCAACUCCACCUGGAAGCACUGGCAUGUGCUCUCGACAACGUUCUACGGCUGAAAAAGGUUGUUAUAGAAUCUGCUGGAUACUAUAUCACAGAGUGUCGUAAGUUUCCGUACAAUUUCAUUUCAGUAGAGUCGUCUUAUGGUCUCGAGAAAUGUCUGCCAUAG